AUGAUGUCCGCCGAAAAGGAUGUGAAGGAGGUUGAGGAACCGAAGGAGUCGUUCGGUGGCUGCGACUCGUGCUCCGGUGUCAGCUGCACCCCCGACGGCCUCAUCGGCUUGAACACCUACGACUGGAAGUACCUCUGCAUCCCGUCGUUGCCUUGCUUCGGGCCAGCGAAGUCCCCGCCGCUUCUGAAGCCGGAUUCGAAGCUGCCCCUGAUGCUGUCGUUGAUCAUGGGGCUGCAGCAUGCCCUGGCCAUGCUGGGAGGUAUCAUCACUCCACCAUCGUUGAUCUCCGGCGACGCCUGCUUUGCAUGGCAGCUGGAUCAGGAGCUCUGCGACUCCAAGCAGUACAUGAUCUCCGCGGCCCUGAUCUGCUCGGGCCUGCUGUCCCUAGUGCAGAUCCUUCGCUGGAAGCUGAUCGGUGGCUACACUUUGGGAACGGGCCUGAUCUCCGUGAUCGGCACGUCUUUCACCUUCCUGCCCAUCGCACGAGAGGUCGUGGUUUCCGAGAUCCAGGCUGGCCGAAGCGGAAUGGAUGCCUACGGCAAGUUCCUGGGAACCUGCUUGGUGGCCUCCGUGACAGAGCUCUUCAUCUCCUUCGUGCCGCCCCGCUACCUCAAGAAGAUCUUCCCACCUGUGGUCAGCGGCACCUGCGUCUGCCUCAUCGGUGCUGGCCUCUCUGUCGCUGGCCUCAAGUACUGGGGCGGCGGCGUCUUCUGCGCGGAGAACGACAUGUCCCGGGCCGCGGCCUUCGGUUCGCCCCAGGUGUGCACCGGCAACGGCGACGUGGCGUUGCCCUAUGGAGACGUGCACUACUUCGGCCUGGGUCUGAGCGUUAUGAUCUUCUUGGUCUUCAUCCAGGCGGUGGGUUCUCCCUUCAUGAAGAACUGCUCCGUCGCCUUGGCGCUCUUCUUCGGCUUCUUCGUGGCGGGCGUCUCCUCCUACACCGCAGAGGAUGGCAGCUCUCUGCCGUACGUGAACGGCGACAAGAUCGAUCAAGCCGGCGUCUUCACCUUUCUCUGGACAACCACCUUCAACAUCGGCUUCUACCCUCCAGCUUUCAUCCCUCUGCUGCUGGGCUUCGUGAUCACGGCGGUGGAGACGGUCGGUGACAUUCAGGCCUCGUGCGAUGUCAGUGGCCUGCCCAUCGAGGGCCCUGAUGCCGACUCCCGCAUCCAGGGCGGCCUGCUUGCCGACGGCGUGAACAGCUUCCUGGCCUGCUUGAUGACGUGCCCGCCCAACACGACCUUCUCGCAGAAUAACGGCGUGAUCGCCAUCACGCGCUGCGCUUCCCGGGCGGCGGGCAUCGCCUGCUGCUUCUGGCUCAUCCUGCUGGGCUGCUUUGAGAAGUUCGGAGCUGCCAUCGCCUCCAUUCCCGAUGCUGUGCUGGGUGGCAUGACCACCUUCCUCUUUGCCAACGUGCUCGUCUCCGGCAUCAACAUCGUGGGUGGCAGCGGGCAGAUGGGUCGGCGCACGCGCUUCAUCCUCGCCGUAUCCCUCGGCGUCGGCGUCGGGGUGGCAGCCCUGCCGAACUGGGCCGAAGGUGGUGGCCUUGCAGGGUUCCACGGCGGCAACCUGAAGCACAACAUCGGACUGUGGCCGGCCAAGGAUGUGUGCAAGGUCUUCCCGACCGAGGAGUACGAAUCCCAGGCGUCCCAAUGCACCAAGGGUGCCUUCACGGCCAGCUCCAUGA